UGGAACAUAUCACUCCAGAGAUGAAAGCACAGACAGUGGACUUAGCAUGAGCAGUUACAGCGUACCCAGAACCCCCGAUGACUUCCUGAACAGUGUUGAUGAGAUGGAUACAGGUGACAGUAUCAGCCAAAGUAACAUCCCAUCCCAUCAGAACCGUUUUCCAGACUACCUUGAAGCCAUUCCAGGGACAAAUGUGGACCUUGGUACACUGGAAGGAGAUGGGAUGAAUAUAGAAGGAGAAGAACUGAUGCCAAGUCUGCAAGAGGCUUUGAGCUCUGACAUCCUCAAUGACAUGGAGUCUGUCUUGGCAGCCACCAAGCUAGAUAAAGAGAGUUUUCUUACUUGGUUAUAGGGGCCUCAGGGAGACUGAAUUCUAAAUCUGUGAAGGAUCUAAGGAGAAUAGGACAUCUGUAUCUGAAGUUCAGAACAAGCCAGUGUGGCACACUUUGGCUUGUGUUCAGACAAAGUAAAUGAACAAAUAUUCAACAAGAUUAUUUCGUUUUGCUCUUCCUUGUCCAUCGCUGCUGUUAUAUAUUGCUGACUUUUUUCCACAGUUGACUCUGAAGAACAGACAUCUUCUUGAUCUUUUUCUAUUGCUGUUGCAACUACUGUUCAAGGGGGGUAGGGAGGGAUGAUGAGCCUAUUUGGAUGACGAAUGCCAUUCCUUUUGUCCUAGUGUGCGCUUCCAUAUCAUUUUAUCUAAGUACUCAGAUUUGAGAGUUAACUUCUGCAUGUCACUGCUUGUAGUUUGCUCAGCUAGUUGUCUCCUGCUGCCUGUGGCAAGUGGUAAAACAUGAUAUACUGGGGUGACAAGCCAAAAAUGAUGUAUCUGGUCAAAAAAGUCAAUACUGAUUUGGAGAUACGACUUAAAGGAGGGCUGAAGACUGUUUGGCAUUAAGUGUUUCUACUAGUAGCUCUUUCAUUAGUCACAAAGUGCUCUUGUUCAUAUUUUAUGUUAUAGUAAAUCAUGAGUCAUUUUACAUAGAAACAUAUAUGAACUUUGAUUGUUGCCACAUAUUCUAGCCUAACUUUUGUUUGUCAAAAGUAGUUUGAUUAUUUUUGUUAGUUGGUUUACCUGUAGCUGUAGGAUGGGAAUUAUAGGUGUUCUUUUUUUAAAAAAUAGUGAAAUCUAAGGGGUUUUUUUCUGAUUUCACAUAGUCUUAUUUAAAUCUGAAAUGUCUGCUUUUUUUAUACUUAAAACAUGCCUAUUGUAGCCUGAUAAGCUAGUGAGUACAUAAACCAGUAUGUUUUGCCUGUAACUUUUUUAUUUUUUUUAAAGGCUAGGUUUGAAUGUAAUCAUUAGAAUUCAUGACCAGUGGCUUAUUUUUCAUGUUUUCAUGCAAGAUUUUGAACUAGA